GUGUAUAUUUUGAGAAUGUUUUCUUGUGGAAAAAUUCCAAAGGACUCAAGCCCAACAAGGCGGGGGGCAGGGCUGACCGCGAAGCUCCAAGGAUUUAUACUGGGGUUAUUUCUUCUUCCAGUUCCUAUUAAGACGCCGUCCGGUCGGCAGCCAGAAUCGCCUUCCAGUUAUGCAACAGCUGAAAUCAGCGCUGGUUCCAAUCCUCUCCACCUUUCCCACCAAGCCCAGGACUGUGCAAGCGUUCCCAUCUACGGCGACAUUCGUUACAAGCUCAUCCACACAAUCCCCACCACCUGUUUGCGAAAAUGCCUCACUCAACCCACCCGCCACCACCACCACCACCAGUGCCCUCCCUCGUCACCUCUGUCCUCCAGCUUCAGCAUACAUCCACCUCCCAUUCUGCCGCAAACGCUGCCACUACUGCGACUUCCCCAUCAUCGCUCUCGGCUCCGCCAACCCUACGGAUGCCGACCCGCGGAUCUCCAACUACGUCGAACUGCUCCGGCAGGAAAUAGAGUCGACAAGAACCGGUUUCAACCCCCACCCGCCUCUCGAGACCGUGUUUUUCGGUGGGGGCACGCCUUCUUUGGUUUCGCCCAAUCUUGUUUCCUCGAUUAUGGACACUCUGAGGGCGAAAUUUGGAAUCACCGACGGGGCAGAGAUAUCCAUGGAGAUGGAUCCUGGUACUUUCGAUAGCGGAAAAUUGAAGGAGAUGAUGGGGCUGGGUGUGAACAGGGUGUCAUUGGGAGUGCAGGCGUUUCAGGACGAGUUGCUGAGGUCUUGUGGGAGAGCCCAUGGAGUUGAAGAGGUUUAUGAGGCGAUUGAGAUUGUUGGGUCUUGCGGGGUUCAGAACUGGAGUUUGGAUCUUAUCUCUUCCCUCCCUCACCAAACCCAUGAAAUGUGGGAGGAAAGCUUGAAGCUUGCUGUAGACGCACGGCCCCAUCAUGUGUCCGUGUACGAUUUGCAGGUCGAGCAAGACACGAAAUUUGGCGUUCUGUACACACCAGGGGAGUUCCCUCUGCCAUCGGAAACCCUGUCGGCUGACUUGUACAGAAUGGCUUCGAAGAUCCUUGCCGAUGCUGGUUAUAUCCAUUACGAAAUCAGCAGCUAUGCCAAAAAGGGCUACGAGUGUAAGCACAACUCUACAUACUGGAAGAACGCGCCAUUUUAUGGUUUUGGCCUUGGCUCGGCUAGCUUUGUCAAUGGAUCAAGGUUUUCACGACCGAAGAAGAUGAAAGAUUAUGCAAAUUUCGUGCAGAAUCUUGACUCUGCCGAGGCAGCUUGGAGUAGGAGCGACGACCGUUCUCUUGAUGCUGACAAGGACUUGGCUUUGGAUGUUGUGAUGCUGUCACUUAGAACAGCAAGAGGGUUGGAUGUAAGAUCUUUCGCAGAUGCAUUUGGUGGCUCAAUGGUGUCCUCUCUCUGCAAGGUGUAUAAACCUCACAUUGAGAGCGGGCAUGUGGUUUGUUUGGAUAAGGAAAGAAAGUCCAUGAGUGCUGACGAAUUCAGCAAGUUGAUGGUUGCUCGUGGAGAUGAGAUUUCAGGGAAUUUGGCUUUUCUCCGGCUAAGUGAUCCAGAUGGUUUCCUUCUGUCUAAUGAGCUGAUAUCUCUCGCAUUUAGUGCCAUAGCACCUUAGAAAUUAUCAGGGGGGGCAACGGAAGCAUGACAUUGGGUGGCUAGCUAGCUACUGGCGGCUUAGCUUAUGUGAUCGUUAGUCGUUACAGUUACCAAAAAGAUAUCAUUGGGAAUACAGGCAAUGCUAGUCUUUCUUGAAAUAUAAAGUUGCAGAGUAAAGGACUAAUGCAACCAAAUUUCCAAUAGUUGACCUAUGGCGUUUGGAUACUUGGAAGGGAGACACAGUUUGACGCUUUUUGCAUUGAAUGCAAUGCAUAACAGAAGUGACAGUUGACUGGAAAUUGGAAGCUCCAUCACCAUGGCAACCUGUCCACCAUGCGGAAUAAAUGGCCCGACCAAGUGGAAACUCUGUGCUGAUUAGGUUUCUUGCUAGUUGUAACAACCAAUUUACAUUACACAUACUAGAUUUGGGCCCGCCCGUUGGGCGGAUGAAUUUCGCUAAUAGCAUAGACUACAUAGUACUUGUUCGAA